GAACUAUACACAGAGAGAAGCGGUGCCAAACGAAAAGGACAGCAGGAUCCAGCCAGCUUCGACCGCGCUUAUGCAAACGGGAGAGGUGUACCGCGGUCUCAUCAUCAUCGUCAUCGUCAGGCAGAGGGCGAGGGGCAGUCAUGAAGACUCUUCAUUUUCUGGCCUUGGCCAUAAUUUUUUGUGAUAGAGCUUACGGCUACUCGCUGAAGGUGACAGCCUGCAAUUCUACCUACAGUGGAACUCCAGAUGACGACAUAAAAUUCCAUUUUUGCGACGGAGGGAGCUACUGCAUCCUGGGCGAUGCCGAGGACGACGACUGGGUCGGAUUACAGGGUAAUAGCAUCAGCGAUCGCUCGACGAUUGAAAUCGCCAUUGCUCCCGGUUACGAGCCUACGACAAUAGAAUUCAGGAAGGGCUUUGGAGUUGAAGAUCCUGGUCAAGACUCAUGGUGUAUUGACAGGGUGACAUGGGAAGACGGGGACAACUUGCUGGGGGAAGACGGAUACUUUUUCUUGGAACACCAAAACGAAGCCAUGGGCUGCAUUAAUGGCAUCGCUGACACUACGGGGUGGGUUGACCCUACGGAAAAGGUUGCUUGCAUGAAGAAGUGGCGCUUCUUCAACAUCAACGGACAGAGUGAAUACAAGUACGACGUACGGGUCAAGGCCUGUGCCGGAACCAGCUUGUCCAUCGUCCUGGCCUACUUCUGCUCAAAUUCUAAUUGCGAUCGAGGAGCGAUCGGCGAAGAAUGGCCGGAGCGGUUGGAAAUGAAUGACGUAGAGGGUGGGUGGACUGACGUAUCGUUUUAUUUGCCCUUCAAUCCUCUCGCAGUGAGGCUGGAAGCGGCGGACGGGGACGAUGCAUGGUGCGCCGACGAGCUAUUCUUCAACGGUUAUUCAUUGAUAACGAAUAUGACCAAGGUUGAAACAGAGGGGUUUCAAAUCUUCCCCAAUAUUCAGGAAAACGGUCAAACCCCUGCUCCAACUCCUGCUCCAGUUGAUGCAUCUGCAAGCACCAAAGAAGAAUCGGACGAUCCCAAAUGGCUAGACGCCGCGUGGGAAGUCACGGUCACGGUCAUUGGGGCGGUGGUGGUAGCAGCCGGCGCUGGGUGCUUCGCUCGUGCAUAUCGCCGGGCUCAAUCACUCCAUGGGCCUGGUAGCGGUGCUUCUGCACACGGCGGGAAGGGCGAGAGUAGGACAGCAGACGUUGGUCGGGCUAAAGCAAGAAGAGCGCCGUCUCUACUGAUCUGUUGCUGACAACCAAUAUUCCGUGCGUAUUUACCACAGCGGAAAUACUUGGUAGAUGAGGUUGGCAGAGGACAUUCCGGCGAUAGUAGGGAUGUGGGAAAAUUGGCUCUCUUGUUUGUUUUGUUUUUCAGAAUGGAAGGGAGGAAUGCAGACAUUAUUCGUAUCACGAUUUCGAACCCAUUUUGGAGAUCCGUGUGGGGAAU